GCUGUUCCGGCUCUAGUGCUCAUGUAAUCGGUGGCAGAUUCUUUUAUUUUCCUCAAAAAUUCAAUAAAAUUGUCGAAAAUGCUGCGUCGCCUGGUGCAAGUUGGUGUCCGGGAGCUGAGCAGAAGCCAAUCCACUGUCGCUUCCCCGGAGAAAUGGGACCUGUACGCCGGCGUGCUCGUUGAGCGGCUGCCUGUGGUCUCCAAGUCCCUCAAUCCUCUCGAGAAACAGUUUCAGGACAUGCUGUGGAGCGUGGAGUAUGAGAACAGCUUGAAAUCCAACCACGAGCUGAAGCACGAGCGGGAGAUUGUCCACGCGGAGCUGAUCAAGCAGGGCAAGACGCAGGUGGAUAUGGAGGACAGUGGCGCCAAGCAGACGGCGCAGGACUUGAAAGAUGCCUACAUCGAGGAGCUGAAGAAGUUCCAGCUCGGAGAGCGCACCACGACCGAUGAUAAGGCCAACAAGACAAGCUCCACGGACCGCUGCCUGGAGGACACGCUCUACCUCCUCGUCCAGCAGAAGCUCGGCCAACAGGAGCACCUGAUCCUGCCACAGGGGAAGCGGGAGGAGGGUGAAUCGAUGCGCCAGACCGCGGAAAGGGUGCUCCGCGAGCAGUGCGGCCAGGAGCUGCAGGUGCUCUUCUACGGCAACGCCCCCGUGGGUUUCCACAAGUACAAGUAUCCCAGCAACCAACGGACGCAGAGCGUCGGAGCCAAGGUGUUCUUCUAUAGGGCAUCCCUGCGAUCUGGCCAGGUGGCAGAGAAGCUAGCCAAGUUUGAGUGGCUGCCCAAGGAGUCGCUCAAUGGCAAGCUGACCAAUGCUGCUUAUGCGGAAAGUGUUAACAAGUUCUUGUUGUAAUCGUAAUUGUUAAAUCGGUUUUGAUAUCUAACGAAUAAAUAUAAAUACCAGA